UCUGGAGACUUUUCUAGUUGUUGUUGUGUAGUUGAGAUGGUGUUAUGCAUAUGCAGAAAGAGGAAUCUUUAAAUGCAGAUUCAUGUGUGAAAACUUACACAUAAACUGCUGAUAUUUCUCUCAUUUGGCUGCCGACACUGAGACAUUGACACUGCAGCGUGUUUUAUGAUCGCAGAAAUCACUAUGGCAACAUCACUCAUGAUGUCACUUCCUCUGAUCUUCAUGAUCAUGACUGCGGGGGGUGAUGGUCAGCAGGAUUGGGGAGUGCAUUACAGCCCUUCAUAUAUUUGUGCAUUAAAGGGUUCAACAGUGAAAAUGUCCUGUACUUUAAAAUAUCCUAGUGAUUAUAAGAUUGAAACAGUCUUCUGGACCAGACCAGCUGUAACUGAUGGAGAUCCACUGAACCUUUGUUUAGAUCUGGAAAAGAGUAAAAGAGUUCAGUGUGACGAAGAAAAUGAAGACACUUACAGCAUCACUCUGACAGAUGUAACAGAAGCUGAUAAACAUCUCUACUACUGCAGAUUCACUACAUAUAGAGGAACAUGGACGGGGAUUCCUGGAGUUCAGCUGGACGUCACCGACCUGCAGGUGGAGACACAGCAGAGUGUGAAAGAGAGAGAUUCAGUCUCUCUGAAAUGUAAAAGCAGCUGCUCUCUGCCUCAACAAACAACAUUCAUCUGGUUCAGAAACACACAGAGAAUAACUACAGGAAACGUGAAAGAGAAUCAGCUUCAGCUGCAGUCAGUCAGUCGUCAAGAUGCAGGAAACUAUCAGUGUGCUGUUUCAGGAUAUGAGCAUCUGAUCUCUCCACCUGUUUAUCUUAAAGUACAAUGGGGUGAUGGUCAGCAGGAUUGGGGAGUGCAUUACAGCCCUUCAUAUGUUUGUGCAUUAAAGGGAUCAACAGUGAAAAUGUCCUGUACUUUAAAAUAUCCUAGUGAUUAUAAGAUUGAAACAGUCUUUUGGACCAAACCUGGUGUAACUGAUGGAGAUCUACCAAAGCUGUGUUUAGUUCCAGAAAACAGAGGAAGAGUUCAGUGUGAAAAUGAAAAUGAAGACACUUACAGCAUCACUCUGACAGAUGUAACAGAAGCUGAUAAACAUCUCUACUACUGCAGAUUCUUUACAAACAUUGAGAAGGGAAAAUUGACGGGGAUUCCUGGAGCUCAGCUGGACAUCACCGACCUGCAGGUGGAGACACAGCAGAGUGUGAAAGAGAGAGAUUCAGUCUCUCUGAAAUGUAAAAGCAGCUGCUCUCUGCCUCAACAAACAACAUUCAUCUGGUUCAGGAACACACAGAGAUUAACUACAGGAACAGGAGAGAAUCAGCUUCAGCUGCAGUCAGUCAGUCGUCAAGAUGCAGGAAACUAUCAGUGUGCUGUUUCAGGAUAUGAGCAUCUGAUCUCUCCACCCGUUUAUCUUAAUAUUGAAUGUGAGUACAAACUGGAUUGGGGAGUGAAUUACAGCCCUUCAUAUGUUUGUGCAUUAAAGGGAUCAACAGUGAAAAUGUCCUGUACUUUAAAAUAUCCUAGUGAUUAUAAGAUUGAAACAGUCUUUUGGACCAAACCUGGUGUAACUGAUGGAGAUCUACCAAAGCUGUGUUUAGUUCCAGAAAACAGAGGAAGAGUUCAGUGUGAAAAUGAAAAUGAAGACACUUACAGCAUCACUCUGACAGAUGUAACAGAAGCUGAUAAACAUCUCUACUACUGCAGAUUCAUUACAAACAUUGAGAAGGGAAAAUGGACGGGGAUUCCUGGAGCUCAGCUGGACAUCACCGACCUGCAGGUGGAGACACAGCAGAGUGUGAAAGAGAGAGAUUCAGUCUCUCUGAAAUGUAAAAGCAGCUGCUCUCUGCCUCAACAAACAACAUUCAUCUGGUUCAGGAACACACAGAGAUUAACUAAAGGAAACGUGAAAGAGAAUCAGCUUCAGCUGCAGUCAGUCAGUCGUCAAGAUGCAGGAAACUAUCAGUGUGCUGUUUCAGGAUAUGAGCAUCUGAUCUCUCCACCCGUUUAUCUUAAUAUUGAAUAUCCUCCACAGAGCGUCUCGGUGUCCAUCAGUCCGUCUGGUGAAAUAGUGGAGGGAGAUUCAGUGACUCUGAGCUGCAGCAGUGACUCAAACCCUCCUGCUCUCAUCUUCAGAUGGUUUAAGGAGAAUCAAAACUCAGCUGUUGGAUCUGGACAGAGUCUCAUCAUCUCCAGCUUUAACUCCAGUCACAGCGGACGCUACUCUUGUGAGGCUCAGAAUCAACAUGGAUCUCUGAGAUCAGACUCUGUUUCAGUCGCUGUUGAAGGGACUCAGAGAGCUGUUCUACAAACAGUUACUGGGACUGUGGCAGGAUUGAUCUUCAUCAUCAUCAUCAUCAUUGUGUUUAUGAAAUGGAAGAAAAGAGACGGUGGAGCUGAAAGAGUCAGACAAAAUCAGCAGGAGGAUCGUGUUGGCAGAUCUGCAGAAACAGCUUCGACCAAUGAUGUUCCAGUGUAUUCAGUAGUAUCAGCCAAUCAGAGGGAUGAUCUGUAUGCCAACAUUAAAAAAAAGGAACCCAAACCCAAAGACUCUGGAGAUGUUGAAGAUGUUCAGUAUGCCAGUGUCCAUCACUUCAAGAACAAAGACAUGAACAAGACUGAAGAGACCAUUGAGAUGCAACAUCCGUCUGAUGCCAACAGAGCUGAAGAUGUGAUCUACAGCUCAGUAAAAUGAAGAACAAGUGGUCGAUCCGAUGCUCAUGGGAGACCUGUUUUU